AUGGACCAAAUCGUGAAGUUUGUUGAGCCAGGCAAGCAAUUUGCAAAGGACUCUAUUAGAUUAGUUAGACGAUGCACGAAACCAGAUAGAAAAGAAUUCCAAAAGAUUGCGAUUGCAACAGCCAUUGGAUUCUGCAUCAUGGGCUUCAUCGGUUUCUUCGUCAAGUUGAUUCACAUUCCCAUCAAUAACAUUAUUGUGGGAUCA